UGAGGGAGAGUGAGGGAGAGUGAGGGAGAGUGAGGGAGAGUGAGUGAGGGAGAGUGAGGCAGAGUGAGUGAGACUGAGGGAGAGUGAGGAAGAAAACAGAGAGAGAGGGAAGGAAGAGAGAAGAAAGUGGGGAGAAAUAAGAAGAAUAGGAGGAAAGAGAGAAUAAGGAAGGACUGGAAUGCUGAUUAGUGAGUUGGGAAGAGGGAGGGGCAGAGUGCAGGAGGGGCGGAGCCUAUGACUCAUUCAUUCCUUCAGACAAGGAGAGACAGACACACACACAGUGAGACUCUCAGUGCCAGGGUUAGGGAGAGAGUGACUCAUUCAUUCCUUGGGAGUAAGAGAGGGAAUGAGACAGGGAGACAGAACCAGGACCAGGCUGGCAAUAAGGGCUCCCCAUCUACCCCUCCACGUGGCAAGAACCUAAAGUUUCCCCUGUAGAAGAGCAAUUGGUCUGAGUUUGCCCCAGGUGGGUAGCAUCAGGAUCUGAGAGAAUCCCACACUAUCAUUCCAACUGAGGGACGGACAGGAUGACACCAAGGAACGUGCUGCUGAGACUUGCGCCCCUCUUCCUAAUGGGCAUCAGCGCCGCUGUCGAAGUUCAAGGAGAAUGCCCAGUGGGACGCGCCUACAGCUCAGAUCUGGGAAAGUGCAUGGAGUGCAGCGUGUGCAAGAACUCCGAAAAGAGCGACUUCUGCCAGAACUGUCCACCACAGACGACUGAACAACCGGAUUUCCCUUGGAUUUGGGUUAUUGGAUUUUCCGCAGGAGGGGUGUUUCUCAUAACUGUAAUCCUGAGCCUCACGGUGUAUCUGACUCACUGUCGCAGGAAAAGCAAGUUCACCAAGCCCAUAGAGGAGACCGGAAGCCAUUCUGCCGAAGCUCUGCUCAUACAUGGAGAGGUCACCGUUACAGGAUCCUCCUGUCUCUCUUGAAUCCAGAGGAAGCUGCUAUCUGGGCAUGAUGUAUAUAAUAUUUGUAUAGAAGACAAAUGUACAAAUUCCAUAUACAUAUAUAUAUAUAUAUUUAUAUGUAUAUAUGUGUGUAUAUACCUGUGCUGGGCACAGGGUUCAUUGUCAGUAUUUUCUGCCAUAGAGAGGCCAGACGUGCUGCUGAGCUGUGGGUCUGAAUCCCCCUGUGCAGUUCCAUAUCCCCCCUACUGUUCCCUUACUCCCACCCUAAUAUGGCUUCCCCACUGCAGACAUGCCCCAUACCUUCCCAUGGAAUGGCCUUAUGUUUCCUGGCAGCACUGCCCUCUGAAAGGGAACAUCUGCCGUGUAGUCGACUCGCACUCUGAAAAACAACAACAAUCACAGUGGUUGGUACAGAACAUUUCAGCAAGUGCCUUACUCCUGCCCACGGGGAAUAAACAUGAGAGGUUUUUAGCAAA